GUGUUCAGCCUCGCCUCGGUGCGUUGGCGAGCGAUCGAUUCGUCUCAGUUUAAACGUCUGAGCUCCGGUAAGAUGGCGUCUGGCCGGGUCGGGUUGGCUCACGGUGCAUUCCAGCUUGGGCUCCUCAAACGAGGUCUGGGGCGCUUCGCCGGUGCCUCGCGAGGCCCACACCUGCCCUCACUCUCGGGCCUGUCGGUGCCACUGGUUGAUGCUUCUGCGAUUUUGGUCAUCGGUUCUCGGGGCCGACACGGCACUUGUAAGGCCGCGCGGAUCCUCAUACAGACGGAGCGCGAGUUUGUGGACUCAAGACGAGGUUGCCGCGACCUGUUGCCACCCCAAGGCGCUCUCGUCGAUCCUAUCACCUCUCUCGCUUCCUCCUCCUACUGCCUCCGUCAUUUGCUCAUUUGUGCACUAACGCCUUUCGUCUGUGCGGGCCUGCCCACGAUGAGGCGGGGCGGCUUGGUUGAGUGUCUGCCCACCGCGAUUAGCGAGCUGGUCGCCGGGGCAACUUGGGAGCUUGCAAAACUUGAAGUCGUCCUCUUGUAUGAUUCCGUAUUUCAAAACUCCGCCCUCGCACAGUUCCCCUCCCUCCUCUCCGGCUGCCAACCAGGCGCUGAGAGACUCGACCUCGGCCUCUUGUCCGCCAGACUGAACGCCUCCUCGGCGGAGCCGGGCAUUACCUCCACACCCGGCUUGGUCUCGGCCCCAGCCCCGAACCCCACCCCGGCCCCGGUUCCAGCUCUGCCUUUGAGUCCGACUUCGUGGAUGGCUGAGUGGAACGCUCUGAUGAUGGCCGCCCUUCUGGCACAGGCCGCGCCCCCGGAGACCUCCGCCGGUCUGAUGCAGUCUUCACCACCCACCUCGUCAUGCCCACAAGCAGGCCCAUCUUCACCUCUUCCUCCCAGAUACUUCGACUCCAACCCAGUCACGACUUUUGUCACAACCUCGGCGCCGUUCGCCUCGACCCUGACGCCUCCUCAAGUCGACAUCCCUACACCCAGAAAUGUGGCGCAAGUCAAAAUAUCCUCUUCCCACCACUCACCACCAGACCAAAGCUUCAACCUGGCAACCAUGCGGCCCGAGUUCACUGUCUUCCCCUCUAGCCUGACUGAAACCGCAAUGGCUUCGGCUGCCUACGAGCCCGCCGUCAUCGUCGCAAGGCCCGCAAUAAAACUGAAACUGGACCCCAGCACCGGAAUCUCUGGCAUAGGAGAGUCUGGUGGUCAGGGUCUUUCGUUGCCAGGACAACAACUGCCAGUCAAAACGUACUGGCCUAACGACUGUGAUCGAAAUAGGCGUAAGGGGAAGAGAAUGAUGGGCCCUGGAUACUUUACCGUCGUUCAUCUGCCAUUCCGCUGCUCAAGUUGCCGAAGCGAAUUCUGGACUUCAGGCCGCCUUUAUUCACACUACAAGUCUUCUCAUCCAUCCCUUGUGCCGGCUGACUUGCCUCAGCUUCAGUAUCUUCGGAAGAGACCUGUCCGUGUUUUAUCGGGCAAGGUUGGUGCUGUUGCCUCGUCCAGCCUACAAAGAUGCUCGAUCCUUACUCUUCGGGCCCGGCGAGUAUGUCUGCUUGCCUUUGAGCGCCGUCACAUGAUGGCCUUGGGUCGGGAUCACGGGUCUAUGAGUCGAGGAGGAGGUUUUACGCCGUCCGUUUGUGAUGCGGUUCACACGGAGAAUAAGAAUUCUGUAUUUUCGCGAGAACAGUCGGUCUCCGGCCUUAAGGGAUACCUGGAUUUGCGGCUGCCUGAGAAGCGGGAUCCGUUCACCGAGUCCACCGAUAGCCUGUACUCCGGUGCAGCCGAUUUCGCUGCCGAUGUCCUGACGUCCUAUUUGGCUGGGCCGACAGUUGCCUCUGCGUCGGCUAGCAAUCAGGCAGGCCCGAGGGGUGGCAGCAGAAGCGAGGAGAUGGCGCUAGAUCUCUCCCUUCACGGCGGUCACUCGGCGGCCGGAACGGCGGACGAGAAGAUGCCCCUCUUGCAGCCCGCCUUCGCGCCCACGGGCCUGCCCAGUGGCUUCCCUUUGCACUGCCCUCCUCUGCCCGAUCGUGUCAGUCUUUCGAACGGCCUCACGGCCUGGCUGAGCGCCGCAGCCGCAUCCGCAGCUGCGGCUGCCUCUUGCAGCAUUGCGUCCUCCUCCGCCUCUCCCUCAUCUUCUUCUUCCUCUUCCUCUUCCUCCUCUGCCUCUUAUUCUUCCUUUUCCUCACUCUUAUCCGCCUUGGGCACGAACGACCCCGCCUUGUCCUGCUCUCAGGCUGUCGUGACGACAACCGGCAAGGCCUGUUUCGGCGUCACUGCUCCCCUCGACCUAAUGGCACGACCCCCGUCCCAGAUCGGGCGACCACACUCGCUCCUCUUGCCUCCGGCCGGGGCAGCGACGUGUGUGCAUCCGCUGUUCACCUUCGGCCAACUGGCGGCCGGAUGGUCGCCACGACUCGGCACUCAACUGGGCCGCUUCACUGAGAUUGACGCCCAGCCGGUGUCCAUUUCUUCGCCGGUCGACCCGAAUCAUCUGCCACCUCUUCUGCCAUGCCCAGCCCAAUUGGCAUCGACCUCAACCUCGACCUCGACCUCGAGCUCGGCUCAGACCCGCUCAUCGACGGCAGAGGCAAGAGCGAGUACCGUCAGUCUCGUCUCAGUUGACAGGCCGAGUCCACCAGGCUGCCACGUGACGUCGGGUCGAGAGGCCAUGUUUUUGCCCUUGUCCUCCCAUGACGCCAGGCGUCCACAAUCGCAGACAGUCUCCGAAAGAGGUCGGCGGUCGGCUGCCGGAGUCGCCUCGGCCAAGCCACCCGGCGUCCCUGGCAAUCUGGCUGCACUGGCCGUAGCUGCUGCGGCCGCCUUCAUCAACGCCCCGUCGUCAGCCGACCUAAUGCUUGGUUGCCAUGCAAGGGCACCUCUUUCGGGAGCAGCGGCCUCAGCCGCGGCUGCUGGCACGCGAAUGCCCCGAUUGCCGCCUCCGCUGCGCAAGAAGAACUCGUACAAGGACGCUCCUAAGCUGAUCACUUGUCCUAUCUCUGGCUGUAAUCAGAAGUUUCCAUGGAACAGCUCUCUGAAGCGACAUAUACUUACACACACACGACGAAUAAGACCACAAAGAUUGCCCGAUGCGAGACCCACCGUUGGCUCGGUGGUCAUGAGGCGGGCCGCAUACCUGAUCAGAUGUUAUACGAAUUUUGAUUUUAGAGCAAAGAGUGAAGCUAGUAUAUUUGGCAAGUCGCGUCCCAGCGACGCCAUCAGAAGAAAGAAGUGUCGUUUCCAGUACCACCUGACAGAUCAGCACAGAGCUGGGGUUGGCGCAGCCAGAGUGGUGCUUUCAGUGCCACCAGGCUUUUCAUCUCGAAGUAACAGUCGGCUGGGAGAAAUGUGUAGUCGUCUCGUCGGAGACCGAAGCCGGUCUGCUGUGGACGAGUGCUGCUUGAAUUGCACACCGAAAACUUAG